CCUCGUCGUCCCUCCUUAAUUCUCAGUGUUGGGCCUUUUCUUCAUUUCCUUCUUCAAGGAAAGAAGGGCAGAAAGAAAAGAAAGAAAUAGGGACGAAACCGCGGCAAUCUCCCAAUUUCCUCUCCCCCGCUUCGUUGUUUGAAACCCUACAUUCUUCCUUUCCUCUCCAAUCAUGAAGCUUGUUAGGUUUUUGAUGAAGCUCAACAAUGAGACUGUCUCUAUCGAGCUCAAAAAUGGAACUGUUGUCCAUGGAACCAUCACAGGUGUGGAUAUCAGCAUGAAUACGCAUUUGAAGGCUGUGAAGCUAACUCUAAAGGGAAAAAAUCCAGUUACCAUGGAUCAUUUAAGUGUGAGAGGUAACAACAUCAGAUAUUAUAUCCUACCUGACAGCUUGAAUCUUGAAACUUUACUUGUUGAAGAGACACCCAGGGUCAAGCCCAAGAAACCAACUGCAGGGAGGCCUUUGGGGCGGGGACGAGGGCGCGGCCGUGGACGUGGUCGUGGACGUGGACGCUAGAUUUGAUGCAGUUGUUUCAAUUUUUGAGACCUGUAGUGUAAACACUUGCAUUGUAGGGAAAGAUUAUGAAUUUUGGGACACGAAAAAGUGGUAUUGCAAUUCACUGUUCAAUCUCGUAUGUAGUUUAUUACAAUGCUAUUCGGUUGCUUUUCAUAUGAUAGAUGUAGCCUUGCUAUGUUUUCUGGUGCUUGGGAUCUGUUAAUGAUUUACUCUAAUAUUGUCACAAUGAUAAAACGAGUAUGUCUCUAGAUUGGAA